AUGGAUCUCGCCGUCACCCUGGUUAAGUCGGUAAUGCGGGCGUUCUACGCUACUCGCGAGAUCCUGGUGAUAGAUGCGUUGAUCCUUCAUGAAGCUCUCCGAGAUGACGACUUGGCAUACCUCAUGUGCAUCAACACGAAAGAUCUGCACCGAAUCUGCGGAAAGCUCAGAGAGGACCGAUUUCUCACAGUACAUACACGAUCGGAAUUACGGCAUGGCGAAACGCGCCCGCGAAACCGAACAUGGUACUACGUCAACUACCGCCAUACAAUAGACGCGAUCAAAUGGCGGGUGUACACCAUGGACAAGGAGGUCCAAGGCACCACCCAGCCCGUCUCAGAGAAGAAGGAAUUCUUCUGCUCCCUUUGCAAAGCCGAGUGGACUAUGAUGGAAGUUUUGGAUAACGACAGCCCAGAAGGCUUCCGCUGCCACCGCUGUCGCAACGUCCUUACCUACGAAGCUGAUCGAAACGCUGGCGGACACGAACAGUCGACUCGAUUGAACAAUCAGCUGAAAUUUAUCAGAGAUCUCUUACAGAAGAUCGAUGCUGUCCGCAUACCUGAAUGCGACUUUGAUAGAGCCCUGUCCAAGGCCCGUCCUGUUAUCCGUGACGCCACCCACCAGCGCCAGGAAACCGUUGCGGUUGACUCAGGGGCCUCUAGACCAGCGGCCGUCAGAGGACUUACCAACGUUGGGCCGCAGUCUAUCAACGUCAAUAUAUCGACGAGCGAAGGCGCAUCCGAAGCCGAGAAAGAGGCGGAACGUGCUCGGAAGGAGGCGAUUGCCCAGCAGAAUGCGCUGCCCUCAUGGAUGGCAAACAGUACUGUUACGGGUGAAUCAUUUGCUGGAGACGCAGGUGCCGGUUCAUCUGUGAAGCAAACAGCUAGCGUUAGUAAAAAGGAGCAGAGGGAAACAGCUGAUGCUGGUGAUUCUAGUGUGGACGAUAUCUUUGCCAAGCUCAAGGCCGAGCAGUUAGCUGCUGCAAACGCCGAAGAGGAUGAAGAGGAAGGUGAAUACGAGUCAGAAGACGACGAGAGCUUCGAGGACAUUCCCCCGACAACGGACGUCUCGGCAAUUGGAACGCCUAGUGCAACAAAUGGUAAAUCCGAAAACGGGACAGCCCCCUUACAAACAAUAAUAAAGACAGAGGAUCCUGCAGAGGACAGCAUUGAAGACGACGAGGACGAAGACAUGGAGUUUGAGGAUGUGUAA